CUGGCCUGCCCUCGCGACGCGACCCAUCAUUUCUCUUUCUCUCCUCUCUCUCUCUCUCUCUCUCUCUCUCUCUCUCUCUCUGCAUCGACGCCAAUCGGAGCGAACUGCACCCCGAAAAGUUGAAUUCGAUUGGGAUUUGGUUUUUGUGGUUUCGAUCUAGGGUGCGGCGAUUUGUGAAUUGGUGGAUUUUGGGGGUUUUUAGUUGUUGUAGGGUGGGGGAAUUAGGGUUUGGGAUUGAUGUUUCAGGUUGUGGGCAAAGCUGAAUUGGGGAAAGAUGCAAGGUUAUUAUGCAUGGGCGGGAAGGUGAGAACGGGAAACGGAGUCGGCACAUGCGGUCGCUCCCCUCGCCUGUAGCCGCUAAUUCCUUCUUCAAGGAUGGUCGCCAGAUUUAUGUUGGUGACUGUGCUCUUUUCGAGCCUCUGGAAGAUUCUCGACCUUUCAUUGGAAUAAUCCGUUGGUUGGCACGGAAUAAAGAAAACAUUCUGCAGUUGGGUGUGAAUUGGCUUUACCGGCCUGCUGAGGUGAAGCUUGGCAAGGGCCUCCUUUUGGACGCCACGCCAAACGAAAUCUUCUAUUCCUUUCAUAAGGAUGAGAUUCCUGCUGCAUCAUUACUCCAUCCAUGUAAAGUUGCAUUCCUUCCUAAAGGUGUCGAACUUCCUUCAGAGAUUUCCUCAUUCGUCUGCCGUCGAGUUUAUGACAUUGCAAACAAGUGUUUAUGGUGGCUAACUGAUCAAGAUUAUAUUGAUGAGCGACAGCAAGAAGUAGACCAACUGCUACAGAAAACACAAAUAGAGAUGCAUGCAUCCAUGCAACCAGGUGGCCGCUCACCAAAACCAACAAACAGUCCAACAUCAUCUCAGUUAAAACUGGGUUCUGAGAAUGUGCAAAGUGUCACUUCCUUCCCUUCCCCUUCUCAAUCCAAGGGAAAGAAAAGGGAGCGGGCAGAUCCUGGUACUGAGCCUGUCAAGCGAGAACGUCUCUCAAAACCAGAUGAUUCUGAUUCUGGUCAGUUUAAACCAGAAAGCAUCUUGAAAUCUGAGAUUUCUAAAAUAACAGAAAAGGGUGGGCUUGUAGAUUCAGAAGGUGUUGAGAAACUGAUUCAACUCAUGCAGCCUGAUAGAGCAGAAAGGAAGUUGGAGUUAAUUAACCGAUCAGUGCUUGCAGGUGUAAUAGCUGCUACUGAAAAGUUUGAUUGCCUUAGUCAGUUUGUGGAGCUCAAGGGCUUGCUUGUGUUAGAUGAAUGGAUUCAAGAUGCCCAUAAAGGGAAGAUAGGUGAUGGUAGCCCCAAGGAUGGUGAUAAAUCUGUAGAGGAGUUUCUCUUGAUUUUGCUUCGUGCACUUGACAAACUGCCAGUGAAUCUUCCUGCCCUACAGAUGUGUAACAUUGGAAAAUCAGUGAACCACCUCCGUACACUUAAAAACCAAGAAAUUCAGAAGAAAGCUAGAACUUUAGUUGACACAUGGAAGAAACGUGUCGAGGCUGAAAUGAAUGUAAUUGAUGCAAAAUCUGGUUCAGUGCAGGCUGCUUCUUGGUCUUCGAGAUCGCGCCUUCCUGAAGUUUCUCAUGGUGGAAACCGACAUUCUGGAGGUUCCUCUGAAGUUGCCAUGAAAAACUCAGCUGUACAACUUUCUGCAUCCAAAAAUGCUUCAGUUAAAUCUGUCAAUUUGGAGGUCACUGGAAAAUCAGCUUCAAUGUCGCCUGGGCCAAUGAAAUCAGCACUAUCUCCUGCUUCAGGAAAAGAUAGUCAGCCCAGAUUAGUUGGGAACACUUCUGAUCUUCCAUAUACUACUGCAAGAGAGGAGAAGAGCAGCAGUUCAAGUCAGUCGCAGAACAACAGUCAAUCUUGUUCAAGUGAACAUGCAAAACUUACAGUUGUUUCAGGAAAAGAAGAUGCAAGGAGUUCUACUGCAGGAUCGAUUAGUGUGAAUAAGAUGUCUGGUGGUUCUUCUCGACAUCGGAGGUCAGUCAAUGGCUUCCCUGGGUCUGCUGCCUCUGGAGGUCAAAGAGAAACUGGGUCAGGCAGGAGUUCUUCUUUACACAGGAAUUCAACAUCAGAAAAGUUAUCUGAGUCUGGGUUAACAUAUGAAAAGGCAAUUGAUGUACCCAUAGUCGAGGGGAAUGGUCAUAAACUGAUUGUUAAGAUACCAAAUCGGACUCGUAGUCCUGCACAAAGUCCCAGUGGAGGAUCUAUUGAUGACCCUUCCAUCAUGAACAGUAGAGCUUCUUCUCCUGUGCUUUCAGAAAAGCGUGAUCAGACUGAUCGCAAUUCAAAGGAAAAGAGUGAUACUAAUCGAACUACUACCACCUCUGAUAUGAAUACAGAAUCAUGGCAGAGCAAUGAUUUCAAAGAUAUAUUGACUGGAUCUGAUGAAGCUAAUGGGUCACCUGCUGCCAUUCUUGAGGAACAGUGCAGUAUUGAUGAUUCUAAAAAACUAGCUGAAAUCUCAAAAGCUGCUUCUUCAUCAUCAGGAAAUGAAUUGAAGUCUGGAAAACUGUAUGAGGGUUCUUUCAGCUCAAUCAAUGCUUUGAUUGAAAGCUGUGUCAAAUACUCCGAAGCAAAUACAUCCAUGUCUGUAGGAGACAAUGUUGGAAUGAAGCUGCUCGCUAGUGUUGCAACUGGAGAGAUGUCCAAGUCUGAUUUGAUAUCACCAGCUGUUUCUCCACGUAGAAGCAUCCCUGUUGUUGAGGACCCCUGCAUUUGCAAUGAUGCCCAUGCAAAAUUGGCAAAUCAAAAUAACCUUUCUCAGGAGCAGGGUCUGUCCACCAAUGUUGAUGGAGCUGUUGCUGAUAUAGAGAAGCAGGUUAUUGUUGCAGGUGCUUUGUGGUCUGGGGAUGGGACUCAGUGGGGCUCUGUCAAUUUUUCUGAGGAUGAAAAGCCAACUUCCUCUGUGCAUGAACAGACAAAGACAAGAGAUAGCGAUGGAUGUAAUCCUUCCAAUUUGGGUUGGCAACCAGCUGCAGAGCCAUGUGUUGAGAUCAAUGAAAGAUUGAAUGAAGUUAAAGGUGUUGUUUCUGUGGUUGUCUCCCCAUCCCAUGCAGCAGAGAAGGUAUUGGAUGGUGAAGAAAUUAAACAACUUGAUGAGAAGGUGGCAACUGGUAACAGUGCAAGUGCUGUCCAAGAUACAAAACCAAAGGGAGGUAGUUCAUUGCUAACUGAUGAUAAGGUCAAUGAAGCCCGUCCUAGUCUAGAAGUUGAGAAGGAAAUUUGUGAUGUUUCACAGCAUGCAUCAUUAGAGACGGAUGUUGAGAAAACUCUUGAGAAAGGACUUAAUUUUUGUGACCAGACAGAGGAAAAACUACCAGACCAUUUAGAGAAAAGUGAAAAUCUGUCUUCUGCUGUUGAGAUCACUAGUGAAAAAGUUGAUGAAAUGGGCACUGGAAAACUAAGUAGUCACACUGGAAAAAGAACAAAUGAUCAGGGUAUCAAAAGUUCUGUUGGUGAAAUUCAAGUUUUAGCUGGUCUGGGUUCAACUGUUGGUGAGCAGAAAGUUGAAAGUAAAGAAGUCUUUUCUUGUGGUGCAGUUCCUCAGAAGGAAUCUCCUGCAUUGCCUGCCCAAGAAAUUGAUCAGCAAAUGAGGUCAAGGGGAUCCAAGAUGGCUUCUGUUGAGGCAGAUGAAACAGAUGAAAGCCCAUCUUCCCCUGCUUGUGGGAGAUCUGAUACGGAUAGAAAGUUGAAGUUUGAUUUGAAUGAAGGAUUCAUUGCAGAUGAAGGAAAACGUGGGGAGUCCUCCAACUUGGCAGGCCAUGGAUUUUCAGCUCCCCUUUGUUUAGUAAACCCCAUGCCUUUCCCUGUUUCUUCUGCAUCCAUUGGCCUUCCUGCUUCCAUUACAGUAGCUGCUGCUGCAAAAGGCCCCUUUGUUCCUCUAGACGAUCUAUUGAGGAAUAAAGGGGAACUUGGAUGGAGAGGAUCUGCUGCAACAAGUGCAUUUCGUCCUGCUGAACCAAGGAGGUUUCUGGAGAUGCCAUCAAGUACUGCUAAUAACCUUCCUGAUGCUACUGCUGGCAAACAUGGCCGCCCGUUGUUGGAUAUUGAUCUUAAUGUGCCAGAUGAAAGAAUUCUAGAUGAUUUCUCUUCUCGAAACUCCACUGAGGGAACUGCUUCAACGUUUGACCACGUGAGAAAUCAUGACUUUGCAAAAAAUGAUCCAAUAGUCUCCGCACCUCUACGUGGUUCUGGAUGUCUUGACCUUGAUUUGAACCGAGUGGAUGAAUCUACAGAUAUGGGGCACUACUCAACAAGCACCAGUCAUAGACUAGAGGCCUCAUUUAUGCCAUCUAAGUCAUCAAGCGGAUUUCCAAAUUGUGGGGUAAGGAGGGACUUUGAUCUAAACAAUGGUCCUAACCUUGAUGAAGCAAGUGCUGAGCCAUCAUCAUUUAGUCAUCAUGGCAGAGGAAGCAUGCAGUCCCAGCCUUCUGUUGCUGGCCUUAGAAUGAAUAAUGUAGAAAAUGGGACCUUCUCAUCAUGGCUUCCAACUGGGAACCCAUAUCCAUCUGUCACAAUUCCAUCAUUCUUGUCUGAUAGAGGGGAUCAACCUUUUCCCAUGGUUGCGACUGGUGGGCCACCCAGAAUGUUGGGACCCUUUCCCACUGGUAGCCCAUUUAAUGCAGAUGUUUACCGGGGCUCAGUUUUGUCUUCUUCACCUUCGGUGCCUUUUCCAUCUGCUCCCUUCCAAUACCCUCUGUUCCCUUUUGGGAGUAGUUACUCUUUGCCCUCAGUCAGUUUCUCAGGUGGAUCUACAACCUAUACACAGUCCUCUGGUGGGAGGCCUUCAUUCUCUGCAGUCAAUUCACAGGUAUUAGUGCCUGCUGCUACAGUUUCAUCCCAUUACCCUAGGCCAUAUGUUGUUAGCCUUCCAGAUGGUAGCAAUAAUAUUGGCAUUGACAACAAUAGAAAAUGGGCAAGGCAGGGUCUUGACCUUAAUGCGGGGCCUGGAAGUGUUGAGACAGAAGUUAGAGAUGAAACAUCAUCGCUUUUAUCCAGGCAACUUUCUGUUGCUAGUUCGCAGGCACUAGCAGAGGAACAAGCAAGGAUGCACCAGCAGGUAGUAGGAAGCAUGCUGAGGAGAAAGGAACCUGAGGGAGGUUGGGAUCCUGAGAGCUUUAGGUACAAACAGUCCUCAUGGCAGUGAGGAUACGGUAUACAUCCCUGACCUGUGGCAAUGAGGCCUGUUAUUGAUGGGAGGGCAGGGGCAAAUUGCUGGAAUACCAAUCCAGUGUCUUCAAGAGGGUGGGGGUAAGUGAGUUUUAUUAAGACUAUGUUCAUGGGUUCCGACCACGACCACCACCACCACCACCUCUUGCAAUCAUUCAAAUCAUAUAUGUAUAUGCCAGAAAGGGAAGGUGCUCUGCUCUGCAAGCUAUUUGUUGAUGCCCUCUCGGGAUGGGAUCAAGGGGGUGUUGGGCAGUGGCGGGCUGCAGACAUUCUCGUUUUUCUGUAGAUAUUUUUAACUAACUGUUAGACAGCAAGCGCAAGGUGUUGCCCAUACCAUCGGGAAUUGGUGUCUAUGUGGGCCCUGAGACUUUGCUUCAAGCAGAUUGAUAAAAAAAAAUAAAAAAAUUGUUUUUUUUUGUGCC